UCAAAAAGUCUCUUCUUCUCAUCGUAAAGAAAAAGAAAACCAAAGAAGAAAAAAAGAUCAAAGCAAAACCACAGAUUCGAUUGAUAUUUUUCUGUUGAAAUUCCACAUUUUUUCUAGGGGAAUAAUAUUUCAGUAUUUUCUCUGCCAUUAAUUUGAUUUUUCCGAGGGAAAAAAAGAAGAAAAUCUGCAAUCCUUUUUUCCGUGUUAGUGCUUUUAUUCUUCAGCUAGAAGAUGUAUGAAGAUAUUCUUCCUCUGUUCGUCUCUGCAUCAGAUGGAAGAUAACAAUUCUCCCAAGGAUUACUAUAAGAUUCUAGAAGUUGAUUAUGAUGGAACUGAGGAGAUGAUCAAACUAAAUUAUCGGAAGCUUGCUUUGAAGUGGCAUCCUGAUAAGCACAAUGGUGAUACUGUGGCUACUUCAAAAUUUCAGGAGAUAAAUGAAGCUUACAAUGUGCUAAUGGAUCCUGCUUUACGUUUUGAGUAUGAUAUGACCGGUAUUUACGAAAUUCACAAGUAUACUUUGCGGGAAUAUCUCGCAAGAUUUAAGGGAAUGAUACUCACUUGCAAUGGACUGGGCAUCAGUCACUCCUCAUCACCAUGGACACAACAAUUGGGAGAAGGCAAUAAUAACAAGACAGAUUAGCAAGGUUUCGAUCCGGAGAAUACUACUGCUCUGUAGAAACUGAAGCAGAAACAGAGCUAUGUAACAUUUGCUCUGAAACUCCAAAGGCAUUAUUAGUCCGUCUCUCCGGAUUUAUACAAGAAGCUGGCACACAGAUAGGUUUGUGCCUUAUGUCCUCCCCAUUCGACGAUAUGACAGCUUUUGCAGUAUGUUAAAUGUUGUACGUAUUUGAAAAUUUGAUGAUGCUACAAUAAGAAAGCAACAUUGUGUCUGGACAAUGCUAACCUUCAGAGAUUUUGAUUAAAGCCUUUAUUGUGUUGUAUUAUAUCAUUCAUGGGUCACAUGACAUAAACUAAAGUGAAACGACGAUAAAAGCUUCAACUUUUGGU